ACUUGACAUUUAGCUCGUAUAGCGUUGUCCCGCGGGAGCACACUUCGCCGAGAAGCCGUAACGCCAACGCCAACGCCAUUUUGACAUACCGCAUUUGCUUACCCAAAAGAAAUCCAGCGAGUUUUUGCGUCAAAAUUCUUUCCUUUCUAAGGUUCCGCAAACAUUCGCCUCGCCUCGCCCUUGACGAAUCUCUCCUCUCUCUGCAACUUCUCUCUAUUGAAUUUCCACGGCGUAAUCAUUUUGUCUUUCCUAUGGCGAAUCUCUCCUCUGUCUGCAACUCUAUUGUGUCUUUCCUAUGGCCUCAUCAAUAAGAUGAAGUUCGUUCAUUUUUUUUAAGAAAAUGGCCUGGUUCCGAGCUCUCUGUAUUUUUGUUUUGCCUUUGUUGUUUGUUUUUUCUAAGUUUAAAUUGGUCGAUUCAGAGGCAGAAGCUAGCUAUGAUACAGGAAAGAAUGCCGAUUUGAGGGGCCUUCCUGUUGCCUUGGAGAGGGAAAUUUCAGAGUUGAAAUUUCCUAAUAUAAAUGAUACAAUAAAGAAGGUCGUCCCUAGUCCAGACCAGGGUGAAGGUUCAGAAGAACGCAAAACUAGUAUCAGUAGAUCUUUAUUGUCUACUUCUUCACCUAUUGAUGACUCAAUAGUUGUUGCAUCCGUGGAUGGAACUGUAUCUUUAGUGGAUAAGAAAUCUGGACAAAUUCAAUGGUCAUUCUCAUCUGGUCCUCCUCUUUCGUCGUCUUCAUAUCAGGCUCCUCAAUGUCCCGAUAAUGAUUACAAUGACAUGCCAGGGCUUGGUGAUGGAGAAUCUGACCUUGACCCCUUUAGAUAUGUUGGAUAUGAUUCCACUCUAUACAUGCACAACAAUCCGUUUGGCGAAAUGAAACUCCCCAUGUCAGCAGCAGAGUUUUUCACCAUCACUUCUCAUAUAUCUGAAGAUGGUGGGGUUACACCUGGGUCCAUGAAAACCACUGUUUUUGUUGUUGAUCUGAAGACUGGAAAUAUAACUAAUACAUAUGGAUCAGAUGUCAAAUCUGAUUUAGAGGUUUCAAGCAAUUUUCAUGCAGGGCUGGCUAUUGCAGAGAAAGGCUUGGAUGAUCAAAUAAAUUAUUAUAUUAUUUUCAGUAGGAUCGACUAUUCUCUUUGGCACUUUGCCCCAAAGUCAGAUUCAAAGAAAGCUCUAUGGAAUUUGACAUUUGCUGAUAUAAGUGCCUAUAUCUGUCCGAAUUAUGGAAAUGAUUUUUCUUGUCAAAGAAGGCUUGUAGUCCAUAGUGUUAGUGAUCGUAAUAUUCUCCCAGAUGCCAGUCACAAAGGUGACUCUCUUGGUCUUCCUUCAAAUCAAUUGAUCAGAAUUCCCAAUCAAACACCCAAAUAUGAGAUGCUACCAUGCUUGUCACGAAGAGAUCAGAAUAAAAUGCUACUUGAUAGGCCACAAAGUUCUUGUGAAGUUGAGAAUACAUGUCUUGUGGGAAUCGGUGACAAUAUUAGACAAAAUGUGACCAACGUCAAUGAUAUUAUUAGACAAAAUGUGACCAACGUCAAUGGUAUUAUUAGACAAAAUGUGAUCAAUGUCACUUUGAAAGUUGUGAGUUAUUCUUACAUGGUGGGUGGCUUAAUUCUUAUUCCAUUGAUUGCGAGUUUUUUCAUGUGGUUGAAACAAGCAAUCUUGAACAAAGAAUCAAAUACUUUGAAAGGCAAUCAAUCUAGCAUAAACAAAAAAAGAAAAGGUAGAAGGGCGGGCAACAACAAAAAUGUUUUAAUAGUUAAUGCACAUGGCAAUAAAGUGCCAUCUGAUAAGGAGGAAGAAGUAAGGUUGUCAAAAGAUUUGCAAAAUAGUGACUAUGAACCAAUUUGUAGUUUUCAGAAAGCGGGUGAAGAUUGUGAUGGGCGUUGGAUUGGGAAAUUAUUUGUAUCAAGGAUAGAAAUUGCCAAAGGAAGUAAUGGUACAAUUGUUUUGGAGGGAUCUUAUGAGGGCCGUCCGGUUGCUGUAAAGCGUCUUGUGCAAGCACAUCAUGAUACUGCUUUUAAAGAGAUUCAGAACCUUAUUGCAUCUGAUCAACACCCCAAUAUUGUGAGAUGGUUCAGUGUGGAGCAUGACUCAGAUUUCAUUUAUCUCUCGCUAGAACGUUGCUUUUGCAACCUUAAUGAUCUAAUCCAAUUGUACUCCGGUUUCACUUCGAAUCCUGUGGGUGGGACUGAUUCCAUAUUAAGAUUUCCUAAUGGGAACCAGCAACAUAUCGAGAAACAGAAAUUUGAACUUUGGACAGCAAAUGGAACUCCCUCAAUCAUGUUGUUAAAACUAAUGAGGGAUAUAGUAUCUGGGACAGUACAUUUACAUGACCUUGGGAUCAUCCAUCGUGAUUUGAAGCCUCAUAAUGUUUUGAUAUGCAAUGGAAAAUUUCUCUGUGCAAAGCUUUCUGAUAUGGGAUUAAGCAAACGUAUAUCUGAUGAUAUGUCUUCUUUGGGUCUGCAUGCUACUGGUUGUGGUAGUUCUGGGUGGCAAGCUCCAGAACAACUGCUCCAUGGACGCCAAACACGCGCGAUGGAUAUUUUUAGUUUAGGCUGUGUGCUUUUCUUUUGCAUGACCGGUGGUAGACAUCCAUUUGGUGAGCCACUAGAGCGCGAUUUCAAUAUUACCAAGAACCAGUAUGAUCUUUUUGUUGUUGAACAUAUUCCAGAAGCUAUAGACCUCUUCGCCCGCAUGUUACACCCUGAUCCAGAAAUGAGGCCAAAGGCAGGAGAGGUAUUGCAUCAUCCACUGUUAUGGACAGAUGAGAUGCGCCUUUCGUUCCUUCGAGACACUAGUGAUAGAAUAGAAGUAGAGGACCGGGAGGAACAGUCUGAUCUUCUAGUUGCAGUGGAAGGGAAUUUAGCUGUUGCUCUGGGUGAAAAUUGGGAUGCAAAGAUGGAUCCUGCAUUCCUCUCAAAUAUUGGUCAUUAUAGACGGUACAAAUUUGACAGCAUUCGUGAUCUUCUUCGAGUCAUUCGCAACAAAUCAAAUCAUUACAGAGAGCUUCCAAAAGAUAUUCAGGAACUUCUUGGACCAAUCCCUAAUGGAUUCUACAACUACUUUGCUAGUCGAUUUCCGAAGCUCCUUAUUGAAGUAUACAAAGUUGUCUAUGCAUAUUGUCGAGAAGAGGAUUGCUUUAAGAAAUAUUUUGGUGGAACUUUAGUUUCCUAGCAGUCAAAGGGACACUAAGAAAGAGGCUGGGGCCAAAAUCCCGGAUGACUUGCCGAGAAACACGAGCUGGACUCGCCUCAGCAUCCAGAUUUGUGUUGGGAACAGAUGGUUGUGAUGCAUGAUGUUCCUCAUCCUUAAACAGACAAGCACCUUAAUAUCAAGAAGAUCGGAUUUCGGAUCCAUUAAUGAGCAUGGCUCAAGGCUGAGCAUGUCCUUGACAAGGAAAACGAACAGUUGGCGUGACUUGCUUGUGUGGAUUUCUUUGUGCCUAACCAUUAGGACAUGAGCUAAUUUCUCUUGUAGAAAUCCUUGUUUGUAAUUUAUUUUGUUUUUUUGUGUAAAAUAAUUUAGAAUGUUGUCCUAAAUAUAACUGCUAAUGAAUGUGUAUUCAAUAAUUUGAUGA